AUGGGGUGCGGCCCAAGUAAUAUUGCUGGUAGGUCUACGUAUACUGUCGGGUCCACUUGUUACUUAGACAAUAUAAACUACGUGACCUCUCAACUUCUACAAUUGUUAUUAGUAUAA